AUGCCCAAGCAGCCGGCGAUGUCAAAGGCGUCCAACAAGGGGACAGACAAGAACAAAAACAAAGCGUCAACAAACAUUCGCCUUACCCCAACUCGCUUUCUGACAUAUCUUGGCGACGCACUGGACCUCGAAAAGGAGGAGCUCGCGUUCCCUUGCCUAUCCAUGAACAAAACUGUCUUUCAACCAUUUCAAGCAAUCAAGGAAGCAUGCGAUCCUACCGUGAAGGAACAAUUCCAGUCAGGCAGCUGCGACAAAAAAUGUGAGAUACCUUUCAUACCCGGACAAAUUCUGAUCUUGGCACUGAAGAUGGAAGUCCUCAAGUCCGCAGCUGGGGCUUUCGAAAUGAUGGCUCCUUCGUUCGACUCUGCCAGUCGUGAGAUGGAUAAGCUGAUUGGACGGGACUACAAGGUGGAGAAGGAUGAAGAUGGGCUUGUCGAGUCGCAGGAAGAGCACUAG